AACAGGUGCGAUUGGCGGAAAUUUGCCUCAACAACGACUUGGAUCCGGACUACACCGUCUCCGCGGCGGUGACCCUUCCCAGCGCCGCGGAGAGCCCAAGUGAGUUGUCCAUGGAACUCAGCGGUGGUGACAUGCUCAAAGUGACCUGGACGCCUGGCCCUAGUGCUGGCCAUUGCGUCUUCCAGAGCUGGGAGCUUCAAUGGAGGUGGUGGUCGCUCGAAUCUGAUUGGACCUCGAAGACCUGCGGCUUCCUUCGGAGCUCCCCUGAGUGCAUGCUGGACCGUCCCUCGGAGACGCUCGAGCUGCGCGUGCGCGAGAGAUGUCAGGACUCGAAUGCAGACAGUGCCUUUCUUCUGUCGGCUCCCUUUAAGUGGAGCUCAGAGGAAGACUGGCAGGUCUAUGUUGGAAGUUCCUCGUUCUCCUCUUUGGCUGUCGAUGUGCUCACGUUGCCGAUGGACAUGACCACCAGCACAGGCACUGCGACCUUUUCGUUGUGCUUCGGGACGUCUCAAAUGGUCACAGUGACCCGCACGGAUGCGUUGAAUGGAUGGUCUGAAGAAUUAUGGCUUCAUUGCAGCCUUCGUUCCAGUGUUGCUCUGUGGUCUGCUCCCAGUGCACCCAACACCUUGACCCUGGCUCCUCGUAUGGAUGCCUUGAAGGGGGCCUCCUUAGAUGCUUCCUUCGAGGCAGUCUCGGACAUGGGAAGUGGUUGCAAAUGCGGACGUUUUGAGCUGGAAUUGCAAGCAGUGAACUACAGUACGCCCUAUGGCUAUGCUGAAAGUCAGCUUGAAAAGCCUUUGGGCUGCAGCUCGGUGAGUCUCGCGUCACGUUCCUGUAGCGUCGAGUUUUUGCGCCCGGAUGCGCAGUACCAGGCCUUCCUGCGCGUGCAGUGCGACGAGGGAGGAAGCAACUACAAAAGUGGAAGUUUCCUAACGCCUCCGGCGUGCAAAUGGGUCACCGACUCUGGAUAUGCGGAUCUCUACGAAUGCACGGAUGGCCUGCUCUGCAACAGCAGCAGCUGUUGCAAUGGCCAUGGUGGACGCGCGCGAUGUCCACAAGCGAUGCCCGUGAUGUGUGCGAAGAAUUUGGAUUGCGCUGAUGGUCAGGACCGGUGUUGUAUGGCUUCGGAAGCGGAGUGUGCCAGUCACAGCGGUGUGAGGCCGUGCUUCUACGCGGAGAUUCCAGCAAAGGCACCGGUGAUCAAGCAGGUGCUUUCGCCUGCGCCUGGGCAACUCUUGGUGCAGUGGCAGCAUGCCAGCUACUUGAACGGAGAUCGCUCCAGGUGCUCCUUCACAUCCUGGCGUGUUGAGGUCACAGAGGAUGUUUGGGAUGGUGACGAUGGUGAUGCAGCGUGGCAGUUGGCCAGUGAAUGUAGGCACCAGGACCGCCCAGUGACGAGUUGUUUGCUGCAAAACUUGGUGUCCAACAGCAACUACUCAGUGCGACUGCGCGAGGCAUGUACGCGGAUGGACUAUGACUCAGACUGGGCCCUGUGGCCUUCCGCGUUCACGUUGCCCACCCCGGCAGCAGCGCCCAGCGCCACCUGUGUGGAGCCAGCAGCCAAGCAGGGCGAAGAAAUGCGCAUGCAGGUCAGCUGGACUCUGGGAACGCCUGGGGACUGCAGCUUCGAGGCAUGGGAAAUCUAUAUGCAGCUGUUGCCCAACAGCAUGACCAACCCAAGCGCUAGUGCCUGGAUGUUGGCGUGUCGAAGCAACCUGCUGCAGGAUACCAGCUGCUACGUGGACUCUUUACUCAGUGGUCGUUACUACGGUUUGCGUAUUCGACAGGUCUGUGUGAAUCCAGCCGCCAACAGUGCCUACUCCGAGUUGACAGGCAGCGAAUGCCUGGUGACGGCCAUGCCGGCCAGCAGCCCGGUGAACCUCACGGCGGUCAGUAUCAGCCCGUACGACGUGGACGUGAACUGGGCUGCCAUGCAUCCCUGGGCGUGCAGCUUCUAUGCAUGGCAGGUCCAGGUAAAGGCCCAGGCAGAUGACAACUGGGAAGCCUCCGGUUUUGGUUGCUUUAGCUAUGAUCGUGAUGUUGCCAACUGCACUGUGAACGUGGGCUUGGGAAGCAACACACCUUACGACGUGCGAGUGCGCGAGACUUGUUUGGAGUCGACGUUGAACUCCAGUUGGUUGCAGCUGGCCUUCCCUGGCGUCAGCACGCCGCUCCCGGUGACAGCGGAGACGCCAACGACGCUCACGGUCAGCAAGGGUGGGUAUAUGUUCUUGGUGUCUUCCAGCUGCAGCUUUGCUUCAGACCAGCAGACGAGCAGCAGGCUAUCUGAAGACCUCGGAGCCCGCAAGAACAGUCGUGAGAAAAUUCUGGCUGCAAGGAAUCGAGGUAAAGCUGGCUAG